UGGUUUGUGGAUGCGUGACUCACUACGAGAGGAUGUACUGAAAGUCGUUUUCGGAAGUUUUAAGGCGAUUUGAAAAAAAGAGAGGCGACAUUUCCUUCCUCGUUCCCCCUGGAAGACGGACGCGUUUGGACUCAACCUUACCGCAAUAAGACAGGAUGUAUCGAGACUUUGGGAAUCAAGGAAGAGGCAACCCGGCGUACACAGGCAGCGCGUCCGGGUCAAACUCCACAUCCCUGGGAAGCACGGGCACCUCCACCACACAGCAAGAUCAGAAGUUCACAAUGGCUGGCAGCAGUCAGUUCAUACCAAGCCUCAAUGCCAUCACAACCAACCAGGACCUCCAGUGGCUGGUCCAGCCCUCGCUCAUGCAUCCACCUGGCCCUUCAAGAUCCCCAGCACCGCCUUACCCAACCCUCUCAGGGGCUCGCCCGCUGGGUCCAACACCUUCUCACUCACAUCUUCUCAGACCAGGGGUGAUCAGAGCGGCUGCAAACACAACUGCUACAACAAGGCGCAGGAACGACGAACAUUUGUCCCAUGAGGAGCUGGAGAGGCGCAGAAUAAGAAGAGAAAGGAAUAAAUUAGCAGCAGCAAAAUGUCGAAACCGGCGCCGGGAGCUGACAGACACUCUACAAAAUGAGACUGACCAGCUGGAGGAUGAAAAGUCCCGUCUACAGAAGGAAAUCGCUGAACUCCAAAAGGAGAAGGAUAAGCUGGAGCUGGUGCUAGAGGCUCACCGUCCCAUUUGUAAAAUCGAGGACUCUGAUUCGGACUCUGACCCACAGCCAUCUAUUUCCUCAUUUGGAGGCAUCAAGAUAGAGCCCAAGGGCUCCAGCAGACCUGGGCCCUCAUCUAAAAUGUCAAUAAAGAUGGAAAGGCCCAAACCGAAGAUAACCAUCCCCAGCAGGCCGGUGGCAUCAACUUCUUCUGCUGCUGUCACCGAAUCAGAGUCGCUCCACACCCCAGUCCUCACAUCCACUCCUUCUCUCACACCUUUCACAGCCGGCAUGGUUUUCACGUAUCCCUCCGCCCCGCUGGACACCAGCGCCUCCACCUCCUCCCAAGCUUCAUCACAUCAAGGGAAUACUUCACAGUCCCAAGCUCCACAGCCCUGUGGGGUUGCCCACCGCCGCAGCAGCAGCAGUGGGGACCAAUCAGAUCACUCCCUGCACUCGCCAACCAUCCUCACCUUGUAGUCGACAGCACGAUUCGCUCUGACAGAACACUAAAGUUCAUUUGGAUGUAGUCAAUGUAUGUCUAAGAAGAAGGAUCUCUGAAACAUGGUGGAAAUGAAAGUGAUGAUAAGCAUUUCAAAAUGAGCUGUGUGCUUCUGCCUUAGUUCAUAUUUUCAGGAUGAGAACGUAGAUGAGACACAAACCAGUGGCAUUAUUAAGAUGAGAAUGUUACAGCCUUUAUAGUUUUGAUAUUAAGUCAUUAUAGCUCUACUUUUUAAAGCAGAAUGUUUGAGGUUCAUUAUGAAAGCAUUGCAUGCAGAAUUAUAACCUAUAAAAACUUUAAAGAUGCCUAUUAGAUAUCUUUAUUAAUAUAAAGAAUAUGAUAAUUCAGUUUUAUGUUGCAAUAAAUAGCUUGUUACAUGGUUACGUCAUGUAUGUAAUACUUUAUGAACAUUGGCACUAAAGGGAAACGUAGAAAUAAAUGGUCCUUAUUUUUGUAUGAAUCUUUUAAGAAUCAUAAAUUUGUCUUUGUAAACUGUUGACCACUAAGGCUGGACCAUAGGAGUUAAUACAGAUGAUUUAAUCAUGUAUUUAUUUUUGAGAAUUUAAUAUAUUUUUGGUAACGUUUUCACGGACAUGAACUGUUUCAGUGGGCAGUGCCUUACUUAUACCUUUUGACAAAGCUGUUUAACUUCACAGAAAAUAAAG